GCUUUUUGGAACCUUACAUCAGCAUUCUCAGAGGCUAGGGGCGCUUAUUCUCAGGUGGCAAAAUCGCAGAGUCCGGCCGCGCCCAGACGCAAAAUCCUUCUCCUCUAACCACCAUCACCAUGUCUGAACUGGACGCUGACUUGUACGGAGAUCUCUACGGUAACGAUGAAUCAGAGUUUGCUGUCCCGACGGAGCAUGUAGACGAGCAUGCGAAGAAAGAGGAGGAUCGCUCAGAGGUCCCUAAACAAGAAAGUCCUCCUCCUAGCACAUACACCGCGAUAGACACCUUGUCAGAGGAUCGCAAGCCUUCAAUAGCUGACUCCAUCGCGAACCAACCACAGCCAAUUCCUGCUGCUUCUUCUGCAAUGGCACCAACCUCAUACACGUCACAACAGGCCACACAGCAAAUUCCAACGUAUCAAGAACGCCAAGAACCCGAAUACAGUAGCGAGGUUGCCGCUAUGACGAGCAGGCCACCUAGCGGCUACGCUGGUCAACUUGAUCGCCCCGUCAGGCCGUCCGAAAUGAAGGAGGAAGGCAAGAUGUUCAUUGGCGGCCUUAACUGGGAUACUACAGAUGAGGGUCUCAGAAAGUACUUCUCUCAGUUUGGCAAAGUCGAAGCCUGCACCAUUAUGCGCGAUGCUGCCGGUCGGUCAAGAUGUUUUGCUUUCUUGACAUUCGAAGACCCGGCGAGCGUGAAUGCUGUCAUGGUCCGAGAACAUUUCCUUGAUGGUAAAAUUAUUGACCCGAAGCGUGCAAUUCCACGGCAAGAGCACCAGCGGGCGACGAAGUUAUUCAUCGGCGGACUUGCUGGCAGCGUCACGUCAGAGUCAAUGCGAGAGUUCUUCUCACAGUUUGGCAAAGUUGUCGAUGCGACUGUCAUGUUGGACAGGGAGACGGGCCGAAGCAAAGGCUUCGGCUUCGUCUCAUUCGAAGGUGCGAAUGUCGAACCCAUUCUCGGCUUCGGCAACCUUGAAAUCGAUGGCAAGUUGAUUGACGUCAAGUUGGCUCAGCCCCGUUCUCAGCGUGAGGGCAACUUCGCAAAUGAAGGAACCACCACUACAGGGACCCGAGGAGGAUUCGUCGGCGCGGGUGCUUAUGGCAACCAGAGCAGCUUUACUACUGCUGCUGCAACAACAGGAACACCAACAGCCGGUGCAGGAAAUGCCCCGUUUGAUCCACAAGCUUUGGCAUCACUUUACACACGGAUGUUCCAGCAAAUGGGUGGAAUGAACCCCAUGAUGGGUGGGAUGCCGAUGAUGGGUGGUAUGGGAGCCGGUGCACCUGGAUAUGGCGCAGGUAUGGGUGGAGGUAUGCGUAUGGGCGGUAUGGGUGCUGGAGGAAUGGGCAUGGGUCAAGCAGGCAUGGCCCAAGCAGGUAUGGGUAUGGGUAUGGGCGGUAUGGGUGCAGGUAUGGGUAUGGGCCGAGGAACACCAGGAAUGGCUGGCGCAGGGGCUGGACAAAUGAUGGGUGGUAUUCCUCGAGGUCCUCGAGGUACACCAACAGGACCUAGUGCAGCUGGCGUCGGACCUCAGAGAGGACAGCGAGCUCAGCACGGUUACCACCCUUACGCCCGGUGACGCGGAUGAUGUUAUCAUUUGUUCAUUUGUGUUCUUCACUGUUUAUAUCGCAUUGUCCUCCUUUCGUAUAGUAUAUAUUCGUGAUGCUGUAGUAUAUUGUUUGCGGG